UUAUGCGCGCGCGUGCGUGUGUAUGUAGGUGCGUACAGGUAAACUAGGUAGAUCUUCCCCAUCUAGAGGGACACCUGUAGCUCUAAGGCUGGGCGACCCCCCCCAUCCUUCCUCGGAUCCUCCAAGACCUCAUAAGCGGAAAAGAGCCACGUAAGAACUCAAAAAGAGGCGCAUUCAGGGAGGCUCUCCUCUCCCCCCCCCCCCCCGGUCUUUCUCUGGCAUCCGAUCCCUCCGUCUCGCCGCCUUUUCUUCCUUCUGUCAACAAUGCUGCGUUCUGAUCUUCCUCCAAGGAGAAAAGCUAGAAAAACAGUGUCCCGGGUGCGGGCAGCUCACCAUUACCUUGGUUUUUAAUUGAGGAGGUAUACAAAUGCUCUCUGUCCAGCCAGACACCAAACCGAAAGGUUGUGCUGGCUGCAACCGUAAAAUUAAAGACAGGUACCUCCUAAAAGCCCUGGACAAAUACUGGCAUGAAGACUGCCUGAAGUGCGCAUGCUGUGACUGCCGUUUGGGAGAGGUAGGCUCUACCUUGUACACCAAAGCCAACCUUAUCCUGUGCCGCAGAGACUACCUGAGGUUAUUUGGCGUUACGGGAAACUGUGCUGCGUGCAGCAAACUCAUCCCUGCUUUUGAGAUGGUCAUGAGAGCCAAGGACAAUGUUUACCACCUGGACUGUUUUGCAUGUCAACUUUGUAAUCAGAGAUUUUGCGUGGGAGACAAAUUUUUCCUAAAGAACAACAUGAUUCUGUGCCAGACGGACUAUGAGGAGGGUUUAAUGAAAGAAGGUUAUGCGCCCCAAGUUCGCUGAUCUGAUGCCUCCCUGCUAAGAAUAUUGAAGCACUACAUUUUUAUCUUUUCUGUUCUUCUGUUUUUUGUUCAUCCUGUAUAUAAGAAAUGAUGGUGGAACCUACUGAAUAGUGUAGUUAUAGGGAGACAGGAUGGUCAUGUGGAAUAAAAGGCAAACUGCAGAUAUAUGUAAUGAAAAUUGCACCAGUUCACAGCUGAAUGUUUAUUAAAAGAUAAUGUAUAUACUGCUGAAAGGGGAUUUUUAUUUUAUUUUAUUUUAUUUUGGCUUGCUGUUGGUUUUGGGUUUUUUUCCCCCCUUUUCUUUUUGUGUCAUUUGGCAUGAGAUGCUUAUUUUGGACUAAUGUAUAUAAUGUAUUGUAAUAUUUGAAGCACAAAUGUAAUACAGUUUUAUUGUGUUACCAUUUGUGUUCACGUUUGCUUAUUUGUAUUGUUGCAUUUAGUACAAUCGGUGUCCAAACUUUAUUGUAUAUUUAUGCUUUCUUGUAUCAGCUAUUUUGAAAGAGCUGUAUCUUUCUAGUAAAAACAAAAAAGAGCAAUUAAGAGAGAGAGAAAAAAGAGAGAGAGAGAGAAUUUUAAGAGCCAGUCCCAUGCAUUAUUCUCCAUUUUAAGAGCCUUGAAAAAUGCUGUCGACACUUGAACUAUUUGAUUCAAAAUGUUGAGUACGAACUAGCCAAAGUUAAGGAUUUAGUUCCAUUGACUUGUGGAGGAUAUAUAUUUAACUCUCCCAUUGAAAUUGAUGGGAUUUAGAAGUGCUUAACGUUUGACUGGAUUAUAAUUCUAGCAUGAGCUCAGAACUAAAGUUGCUGAGGUUCAGAGUCUUUUCAGCAGAAUUCCAGCCUCCUCCUGCUGCUGCUGCUGCUUUUUUUGUCUUUUCUUUUCAAGGAACGAUCCUGCUAUUUUAUUUCACACAUUUUGUUGGAAAGUACUUCCCUGUCUUGCUACCAAAUUUGGUGUUGCUGUUUUCAACUUUAUGGGCAGUCAUGGAGCAGACAUUUAAUUAUUGAGGGGGGGCUAUUGUGCUCUGUUAUACUUCCCCCACAGGAAAAGAAAAGAUAUAUUUGCUUGUUUCCGAUAAUGACUGGGAAUGAGGAGCUGAGCCCCAAUGCAACUCAGUGCCUUUGGGUGUCAUGUAAAAACUUUUAUAUGUAUAUAUAUAUUUCUGAAGUUAUUUUAAUGUAGCAUAGUGAUUUCUGCUCUUGUACAGAAAUGUUAUUUUAAAGAAAUCAGUGUCUUUCCUAAACUUGAUCUGCUCUGGGUCCAGCCUGCAUAGGAGAUUGGCUCCUUCCUUAUGGUCAUCCCUGUCCCUAACAUUGACCAAGGAUGCCCUCUUGAGGUGACCAUCUGUAUACCAUCUUGAGACAAUUGGGUCCUUGAGGGAGACAUAUCUUACAGCUUCUCCACAACUGUGGAAACUCUUUCAUGCUGGAGACUUACGGCACAGUGCAUAAUUUUUCAGAAGCAUUGUCCCGGCCUUUUCAUUUCAGCUGCUGUUGUGGAAAUUGGGAAUUUACUUAACUCCCACAGAAUGCUGAGGCUUCGGAGUCUGUUAACUUUUGUAGAUGUGUUGGAUCAAAACUUAACUGGCUAUUGUAAUUUGUUUGUUUCUUAAUUUAUUGUUAUCCAUUCCAAGUUGUUGGGGUGGGGCAGUCUUCAAAUAAAUAAAAUCUAAGGAUUGGA